UGGCUGAACGCAAGACCCCAAACUGGAAUCCGCCUCAAAUUUCGGUUUUUAUUUGGUCAUUCUUCUGAUUUUUUUCCCUGUUAAUAUGACACAGCCAAGAAACACCAUUCUGUUACCUUGGAAAACCUGGAAGAUGAGUCACGGCGGCUGGAAGUCUUUGUCUUAAUUGUUUUAAUAAUGGGAAGAAGAAUGGAUCCGUUAGUUAGCCAGGCAGUUUUUGUCGCUAUGUAACGGCAGCUAGCGCUCUAAGCUAACUACUGCAACAAUAAUAACAGCAGCAACGGUUUUAGUCAAAAUUUGUGUUCGUGUUUAACUUUGUCUUUCGAAGGCAUCUGUAGCAUAUCAUUGUUUUCGUUUAGUUAACUAAUUUGGGCCGCGAAACUUUUGGGGGUUUGGGGUUUAGCGGCACAUUAGCUAGCUAAACUGGCUAAUACUGUUUUCUUAUGCUUAAGUCAGUCGGUUUAGCAAAACAAGCUGAAAUAGUUCACUGAGUUUAGCGACCUAAAUAACGAGCUGACCGGCUUUAGGAGUGAACACACCCGGCCAGAUAACUUGCUUUUGCUCAGCUGUGCAUUAACAGCCGGUCUCGACUAGCUAGUGUUAGUUGGACGAUUUAUACCAGUUCACUUGUUACCAGUUGGUUAUGUGAGGUGACUGUAUGGCUUGACAGUUGAUGUAAAACUUGGCCAAAUAGUUAGUGGUAGCUGCUGGACCGUAAGGGCAAUGAAUAAUUGAGGCCCUGCUUGGUUUUCAGUGGACUGGCUAAGAUUUUCCUGAGCUCAGUUUAACAUGGAGCAAACAGGGAGUUGGCUGUGUUAGUCCUCUGCUGGACUGGCUUUUGCUCAGGAGCAGCUUCUAAACAGACAGCAGGGACUUCAUCUCUGAAGAUAUUCUUUUGCCUCCAGCCAAACCUUUUUUUUUUUUUUUUGAGUGUGUAGAGGAAAAUGGAUUUUGUUUCGAGUUCAAGAUGUUGGAGACAAACAGUCCUCUCAGUCCUCUAAGGAAAAUGCUGACAACGUCUUUUUGGGUGUUUUGCUGCUAUGAAUGCUGUCAGUGAGAUGAUACAGAAAUAAAUAUUGACAGCAGACAUUAUUUAAAGGAUUUCAAGGAUUCUGGGUGUGUCUGGCCUAGAUGCUUUGACUGAAUAUUUGUCAUCCAGACCAUCUUCGGUGGAGAGAGACGUGCUGAAUUUGUCUGCAACUAAAAAGCAAACAACAUGGGUGAAACCAACCUGAAUGACUCUAAUGUGAAAGUGGCAGUCAGGGUCCGUCCCAUGAACCGGAGAGAGAAGGAACUCAACACGAAAUGUGUCGUAGAAAUGGAGGGCAACCAGACCUUCCUGCACCCAGCAAGUGGAAACCUGGGGAAAGCAGAUUCGAGAAGUCAGCCCAAGGUCUUUGCCUAUGACUACUGUUUCUGGUCUAUGGAUGAAUCAGAAAAGGAGAAAUAUGCAGGUCAAGAUGUAGUGUUCCAGUGCCUUGGGGAGAGUCUUUUGCACAAUGCCUUCCAGGGUUACAAUGCCUGCAUCUUUGCAUAUGGGCAAACUGGCUCUGGGAAGUCGUAUACCAUGAUGGGUUCAGUGGACCAGCCAGGUUUAAUCCCCCGGCUCUGUAGUUCAUUGUUUGAGCGCACAGUGCAGCAACAGAGAGAGGAGGAGAGCUUCACUGUAGAAGUCUCCUACAUGGAGAUCUACAAUGAGAAAGUUCGAGACCUCCUGGACCCUAAAGGAAGUCGGCAGGCUUUAAGAGUACGAGAACACAAAGUCCUUGGACCGUAUGUGGAUGGACUCUCUCGCCUUGCGGUGGCUAGCUAUAAGGACAUUGAGUCAUUGAUGUCUGAGGGGAAUAAAUCUCGUACUGUGGCUGCCACCAACAUGAAUGAGGAGAGCAGUCGCUCCCACGCGGUUUUCAACAUCAUCCUCACACAUACACUCAAAGACCUGCAGUCUGGGACCAGUGGGGAGAAGGUGAGUAAGCUGAGCUUAGUGGAUCUGGCUGGAAGUGAGAGAGCAGCUAAGACUGGUGCGGCUGGCGAGAGACUGAAGGAAGGCAGCAACAUUAACAAGUCUCUAACCACUCUGGGGUUGGUGAUCUCAGCGCUGGCCGACCAGGGUGCGGGGAAGAACAAGAGCAAGUUUGUGCCGUACCGAGACUCUGUGCUCACAUGGCUGCUCAAGGACAGUUUAGGAGGGAACAGCCGGACUGCCAUGGUGGCCACAGUGAGCCCAGCAGCUGAUAACUAUGAUGAGACCCUAUCCACACUGCGCUAUGCUGACAGAGCGAAAAGUAUAGUCAACCACGCUGUGGUGAAUGAGGACCCCAAUGCCAGGAUCAUCCGAGAGCUGAGGGAAGAAGUGGAGAAGCUACGAGACCAGCUCACACAAGCAGAGUCCAUGAAAGCUCCAGAGUUGAAGGAGAGAUUGGAGGAGUCUGAGAAGCUGAUCCAGGAGAUGACAGUCACCUGGGAAGAGAAGCUUAGGAAGACUGAGGAGAUUGCACAGGAGAGGCAAAAACAGUUGGAGAGCCUGGGUAUCUCUUUACAGUCGUCAGGGAUCCGUGUGGGAGAGGACAAAUGUUUCCUAGUGAACCUUAAUGCUGACCCUGCCCUCAAUGAACUGCUGGUUUACUACUUAAAGGAGCAUACCAAGGUGGGCUCAGCAGACUCCCAGGAUAUUCAGUUAUGUGGGAUGGGCAUCCAGGCUGAGCAUUGCGUGAUCAACAUCACUCCGGAGGGAGCUGUAUUCCUCAAUCCCUACAGAAACUCUAGGACAUGUGUAAACGGAUCUCCUGUCACAAGCCAGCAACAACUGCAUCAUGGUGACCGCAUUUUGUGGGGCAACAACCACUUUUUUAGGAUAAACCUUCCAAAGCGACGUGCACGGCCUGCGGCUGAAGAAGAAGAGUGUGAAGGGGGCAACAUGAAAAACAGCAACAGCAGUGAGCAGCUAGACGCAGAUGGGGACACAGCCAGCGAAGUGUCUAGUGAGGUCAGCUUCAGCUAUGAGUUUGCACAGACAGAGGUCAUGAUGAAGGCACUGGGAAGCAAUGACCCCAUGCAGGCAGUCCUGCAAAGUCUGGAGCGGCAGCAUGAGGAGGAGAAGCGAUCUGCUCUGGAACGCCAGCGGCUGAUGUACGAGCAGGAGCUGCAGCAGCUGCGCAGACGACUGACUCCAGAAAGGCAAAGCACACAGGCCUUGCCCUCACAGCAGCACUACCGUAGUAUGGAAAGGCUCAGCCUUGGUGGAGUGUCCUCUUCUUCCAGUGCCCAAAAUCGCCUACGCCAGUGGAGCGAGGAGAGGGAGGCAGUGCUUACAAGAAGCUUACGGAAGCUUCGAGAGCAGAUUGUAAAGGCCAAUCUACUGGUACAAGAGGCAAACUUCAUUGCUGAAGAACUGGACAAGAAAACUGAGUACAAAGUCACUCUUCAAAUCCCUGCUGCCAACCUAAAUGCCAACAGGAAGCGCGAUGCUGUGCUGAGUGAACCUGCCAUUCAAGUGAGGCGAAAGGGCAAAGGCAAACAGAUCUGGGCUUUGGAGAAGAUGGAGAACAGAUUGGUGGAUAUGAGAGAACUCUAUCAGGAGUGGAAGGACUAUGAUGAUGACAACCCUGUGAUGCGUUCAUACUUAAAGAGAGCAGACCCCUUCUUUGAUGAGCAAGUCAAUCAUAGCCUGAUCGGAGUGGCUAAUGUCUUCCUGUCCUGCCUGUUCUAUGAUGUCAAGCUGCAGUAUGCUGUACCUAUUAUCAACCAGAAAGGAGAGGUGGCAGGACGACUGCAUGUGGAAGUGGUGCGUGUUGCUGGAGGGGUUGAUGAUAGCAUGGCUGGAGGUGAUGACAGUGAUAGCAGCCCUGAGGGAGAGAAUCAAGAGCGUAAGCUGGUCUGUAUGAUUAAGAUCCUGCAGGCUACAGGCCUUCCCCAGUACCUGUCCAACUUUGUCUUCUGCCAGUACUCUUUCUGGGACCAAGCUGAACCCAUUAUUGUGGCUCCGGAGGUGGAUCCCUCUGCCUCUUCACCCAACAGCAAAGACCCCCACUGCAUGGUGGUGUUUGACAGCUGUAAGGAGCUGGCAGUGGCUGUGACAGAGGAUUUCAUUGAGUAUCUAACAGAGGGUGCAGUGGCCAUUGAAGUGUAUGGUCACAGGCAGUCUGAUCCAGGCAGAAACCCUGCCCUAUGGGACCUCAGUAUCAUUCAGGCCAAGACUCGGACGCUGCGUGACAGGUGGAGUGAGGUGACAAGGAAGCUGGAGAUGUGGCUGCAGAUUCUGGAGUUGAAUGAGAAUGGAGAGUACAUGCCUGUGGAGGUCGUGCCAGCACGAGAUGUUCGUACAGGAGGCAUCUUUCAGCUCCGACAGGGUCAGUCUCGGCGGAUACAGGUGGAUGUGCGUUCGGUGCAGGACUCUGGCACAAUGCCUCUGAUAGCUGAGAUCAUCCUGGGAGUGUCCAUUGGGUGUGUGGAGAUCAGACAAGCUCGCCCAGCUAAAGCCAGUGAAUCACAGGAGCCGGAAGGUGAUGAAAUGGACAGCUAUCAGGAGCGAGACCUGGAGAGGCUGAGAAGGCAGUGGCUUGCAGCUCUUACUAAGAGACAGGAAUACCUGGAUGAGCAUCUCCAAACCUUGGUCAGCAAAACAGAUAAGUCAGAAGAUGAUGUGGAGCGUGAGGCUCAGCUGCUGGAGUGCCGCUUGACUUUGACUGAGGAGAGGAAUGCAGUGAUGGUGCCCUCUGCUGGUAGUGGCAUCCCAGGAGCUCCUGCAGAGUGGGUACCGGUGUCUGGGAUGGAAACUCACAUUCCAGUCCUCUUUCUUGACCUGAGUGCGGAUGAUUUUAGCUCUCAAGAAAACCUUGAGACACCUGAGGCUGGUGGCUGGGAUGCCUCACUCAGUGGUGAGGAUGAGGACGAGUUCUUUGACUUGCAGAUCGUCAAACAUUAUGAUGGAGAAGUAAAGGCAGAAGCGUCCUGGGAUUCCACGGUUCACGAGUGUCCUCAGCUAAGUCGAGGAGGAGCUCCAGACCAGAGGGUUUACCUGACUGUGCGGACUGUGGUGCAACUCAGCCAUCCAGCAGAGAUGCAGCUGGUCCUACGCAAGCGCAUCUGUGUGAACCUUACUGGGAGACAGGGUUUUGCUCAAAACUUCCUGAGGAGAAUGUCCACACGGAGCACCAUCCCUGGCUGUGGGGUGACCUUUGAGGUUGUGUCCAAUAUCCCAGGGGAUGCUCAGAGCUCAGAGGACAGGGAGAUGCUGGCCCGGAUGGCUACUAGCGCAGAAAACCCGAAGUCCUCAGACAACGAGGCAGCCAUUGAAAAAUAUCUGCGCAGUGUUCUUGCAGUGGAGAACAUCCUCACCCUCGACCGCCUACGGCAGGAAGUGGCUGUAAAAGAACACUUGGCAGGCAAAGGGAAAGGAAGCAGACGGAGUCUCAGCUCCCCCAGUGUGCACAGGUUAUCUGGGAGCAGACAGGAUUUAUCUCUAAACUCCAGCCUGGAGGACAACAAGAAUCGAUGGGAAAGCCAGCAGGACAUCUUCAUGACGUCUCCUCAGUUCAGCCGCACACUACCUCGGCCCUCCAGGGAGCCGACGCCUCCACCACAGACCCAAACUCAAACCCAACCACAACCCCAGGAUCCAGAGCAAGGUCUUUCAGGGCUUGCUGCUUCUUAUCUCUCCCCAGUCAAGGCCCUGGUCCCCCAGAUGCCCAAGCUGCUUAAGUCCCUGUUCCCGGUUCGCGAUGACAAGAAGGACCUCCGUCCCUCUCCUCACUCUCAGCAGCAUGUGCCCCGUAUUAUGAUGCAAACCAGCAACAAUCCUGAUGAAAACAGAGUUCGAGUAGAGCCGGUGCAAGUAAUAGGGAGAAAUCCUGGCUCAGAGAAACCCUCAGACAGCCCUGAUGCCAUGCCCUCUUCCAUGCAUGAUUCGCAUGACCUGCCCCUCAGCCCCAUCAGUGAAGCUUCCAGUGGCUAUUUCUCCACCAGUGUCUCCACCGCAACCCUUUCUGAGGUCUCCACUGCUUGCGGGGAACUUACCCCCACCCCCAUUACCCAGCUGGGAUUAGAGACAGCCAGACAGGCAGCGGAUGAGGGCGAAGAUGGUUUAGGCACCCUGGUUAAUGCCUCCAUUACUCCUGCAGAAGCUGGGCUAAAGUGGGGCUCUGCUGAUCUGCUUAGAAAAGAGGAGCCUCAGCAGACCCUACAUCCCAAAGACCCUCAGGCUGCUUCAAGAAAUGGGGUUCCCUCCUCUCACACUGAAGCAAAACUGACAGUCAUCCCUCCUUUAGUACCCAAAGCUGCUACAGAUCACCCUUUCUCCCUCCAGAGGGUCAAACCCUCAGACCUCAAGUCAUUCAGUCGUAUUCUGGUUGAGGAAGAGCGAGGAAGAAAUGUUACACCUGGGAAUACUCAGCAGGCGGACAGUAUCGAAAAGCUGGAGAUCACAUCUGAUGAAGAAACAGGCAGAGUUGCUGAGCUUCCUCACUGGUUGAAAGUUGGGGAGAGCGUCAUGGUAGCCGGCAGUAAGUGCGGCACUGUGCGCUAUGUUGGGCACACAGACUUCUCAGGCGGCAUCUGGGUCGGUGUGGAACUCGACACACCUGCAGGAAAGAAUGAUGGCUCGGUAGAAGGCCGUCAGUACUUCCGCUGUAACCCUGGUUAUGGAGUGCUGGUGCGACCAGAUCGAGUCAGUCGACGAGAGGGGUCCAAGCAGCAUGGGGAGAACCGGCGCAGUGGAGAGUUCAGUCAGUCUGCCUUGUUACCCCAGAUAAGGGGAGGUUCUGGCGCAACGAUCCAGAAAGGACAGAACCGAAAAUCCUGGAGCAGCUAAGCGCUGUCGUUCCAGACCAAGUGGAACCUCAGCUUAUGUGUGCCUGCCUGAGGAAGACUUGUGUGCUCUGUGCUCUUCCUCAGUCUGCUGAGGCUGCAGUUCUGGUGCUCAUGUGAGCUGGUACAGCAUUACUUCACCCACACCUCAAUGGCUCUACACCAGCUUAAGUGCUUUCAAGACGUGUAGCACCGAGGAACGGCAAUACUGAAUGAACUGUGGGAGUGUGAUGGGUCACCUCAAGUUAAAAAGACCUUAAACUAACUUCAGAACUUUGACCGAAUGAGGCUUCCAGAUCUUUGGGGUCAAACCAUCGUUCUUGUCCUGCCCAUAUCUUUUCCUCAAGAAUCCUUUUGUAGACUUUUUUUUUUUAAGUGAUUUAUUCAUGAUUGACCUUCUCUGUUCAGUCAGAAAUCCUCGAUAAGUUUCCAGAUUGUGCCUUUUGUGAAUUCAGCUUUUAUUUUUAUAGACAUCCCCUUAUUCCUUCUUAACACUAGUGAGAAUGCCUAUUGUCAGCGCAAGGUCAUCUCAGGGACUGGUCAGAGAUAUUGGUUGUGCCUGUCAUAAGAGUCCGAAGGUUUUGCACCCUAAGCUGCCAACAGUAUGACUGUAAGCAGGUAUAAUAAGUGAUCCGGUUUUGAAGGUGGUUUUGUUCAUAUUUUGUCUUUAUGUAAUGGUAAAGUGGAGGCAGUUAUUAGUGCUGUGUUGUUGUGAAGUACUACAGUUAGUGGAUCAGUAAGAGAAAAGAUGGAAUUUUGGAGUGGCAUUGGGAUAAAAGUCUAGGAGUAGUUUACAGGGAAAAGGCCACUGGAUGCCUCUGUCCAGCAGAGCUCCAUGCAUGUUGAUUUAACUGUGAUGUAGUGUGAUGGCCUGUGUUUCUGAUUCAAGUCAGUUUUGGACACACAGGCUAUUAAUGGUAACUGGAAAACUUUUAAAGGAUUUUCAGUAUGAAAUGGUUAGAUAAACUGAACUGAGCUGCCUUGCAAAGGUUUUAAAGUUGCACUGGAAUAAGGUCCUUUAUAGGGGCGUUUGUAAUGAUGCUGACAGAAAAUGUACCUAAUGAACCGUUUGAACAGUUACUGAAAAAUUAGGAUUUUAGUGGCUCAUGAAGUUCAGUCUUCCAUGAGAAAUCUUCUGUUCUGAUUAAUGCAUUUAGCAAGGACACUAUAGAAGACAGUAUGGACAAAUUCCUGACAAUACCUAAACUGUUUUUUAUUUGUAUCAUCAAAAGUCAUUUCCUGAAAUAUAUCGAGCAUUUUGCGCCACUACAUAACAAAACAUGCACACAAUUUAAUGCAUAAGAAGCAUGAUUCUGUAUAAUUUCCUAAAUAAUCUUUGCACAUCAGAGGGGACAAGAAGGAUGGGUUAUACCAUUGCAUUUUUAUCCUUCAAGUCGUCAUGUGAUUUCUAAUGCAAUUUCAGAUUAUUGAAAUAUAUUUUAAUGAUUAUAGGUAGGUGUAAUGAUUUUCCUAAAAAUGUAGAAAUUCGUUGAAUUAAAACUUAAUUUGCACAUUGGAUUUAUAUUAGAUGUGUGCCCACCCAGUGGGUAUUUUAUUUUCUAGCAAGUUAAUCAAACCACAGAAACUCUGCAUAUUGUAGGACUUGGUGCUGAAGUAUAAAGCCAUUGCAUUUUACUGUUAAACCUGACAAAAUAAAUAUCCUGUCCCUAAAAAGGGGUACAGUUCCAUUAAAGUAGUAUUUAUUUUCUUGAUAUUUUUCCAUUUGAUAAGCCCAGAGUCUUCUAUUAUAAGAAAUAUAUGCACGCAAUACAUGUGUGCAUCAUCAUUAGACACUGUUUCUUCCUCUCCUCAUUGCAGAAAGAGACUUCGAGACUUUUGAAACUGUCUCAGUCCUGAAAACAUAUCCUUAUUCAUAUCUGUGCCUCGUGCAUCAAUAAAUUAAAACGCACAAGUAGCACAACUGAAACGCUGCUUUGAUCAGACUGGUGUGCGGAGACAUCAGACAAGGGAAACUAAAGUUUCUUCGUUAUUCGUCGUUGUCUGUCUGGCCCAUGGCUCUCACGUUACACUGGUGGAGUGUUGUAUUAGGCGUCUUAACAGCUUUCAGUUGAAAGACCUAAAAUAUUUGUUUUUGUAUGCAGUGAGUUAUGAGGAUAUUUCAUAUCAUCUUGAGUGCUGGCCACAGUGACCUUACAUGCAUACUGGUUAUCAUGAGAGGGGAAGUGACCUUAAUGUUAACUGUUUGGUUCUCAGUAAAGGGAUCCCCUUCCACAUCUUUCAUUUCAAUGACCAACAUGGGUAUUACUGAGGCAAAAUACUGUAUUUUGCAAGGAUAGCAUGUUUUAAUGUUCAAGUGCAAUUUGAUUUUUUUUUUAUGAUUUACUGUUGAUUUAUCUAACCCAGUGAUCACGUGAUUUCAUGACCUUGCAUUGAGGUUUUUCCUAGGGCUGGGUGUCGUUCAGUACUUCGAUACCGAUACAAAUACAGAUUCCUCAACUUUGAUUACAAAUUCCUGAACAAUAGUUUUUAUCGUUCAAUACAAAACUAUAUUAAAAACUUCACAUUUUCUAAAUCUAUAGCAAAGAUGAAAAAUUGUACACAUACUUUUUUGUUUAUUUUCUUUUUAAUUAUCUUUCAAUUGGCAGCAAAAAAUAUACAUUCCAACAGUUCCAGUGCCAGCGUGGUACCCAGCAGUCUCGGCUUGGAAGACUAGUGGGGAGUGUCCAGCAACACUGCUGUUUGUAUUUAUUCAGCAGACUGCUAUACUGCAGGCAUGUCAAACUGGGGACCUCCCGGGCCAGAGUGCUGCGGAUUUAGCGUUUACCCCCCUCAUCUUACGCUCUGAAUUCAGUUCAUGAAGGUCUGGCUAAUUAGCUGAUGAGCUGAAUCAGGUCUGUUUAAUGAGGCUGAAAUCUGUGGUGUUUUGGCCCAUGAGGACUGGAUCCUGACACCUGUGAUUUACUCUGCAUUCCGCUUUAUUGAAGUAAUUUGGUCUGUGACUUUAAAGUAUUGAAUUUGGAGACCCAGCCCUAGUUUUACCUUGUUUGCAGUGGCGUAUGUAUAUUAAUAAUCAUGUGUUUUCAUGCUAUUAAUAUUCAUGUCUGGCCUGCAGUUUCUCAAAGUGAUUCAGAGCAAUAUUAAAGCGACCACAAAGUGGCCUUUCAGCUCCUCUCCUGCUGGGUCAGUGACUAUGUUGGCGUCGUGCCAGCGUGGAUAAAAGUGCUCUCUUCCGAUUUAAAAAUCACCCCACAGGGACUGUGGCGGAGAGAGUGGGCUUUUUGGGGAGAAAAGCGCUCUGCUGUCUCUGUUUACACAGAUGUGCAACAGCGCUCUUUGCAGAAACUCUGCCCUUUUUGCUCUCUCUCACUCUCUCUCUCUCUCACUCUCUCUCGCUCGAGUGCGGUUCCCUGUACACUGCUAUUGUUCUCCGACACUGGUCUGUGCCUCGUCCUGGAGUUUUCAGUGUUUUUUUUUUUUUUUUAUAGUCAUGAAUCAUUUCCUCACUUGUUGAUUGUGUGAGUGUGUCUAUUGCAGAGUAUAUGUUUGUGUGUGUGUGUGUGUGUGUGUGUGUGUGUGUGUGUGUGUGUGUGUGUGUAUAUAGGUGCAUUCUGAGACUCCAAUCUGAGCACAAGUUUGGGAUUAAUUUAAUUAUUUGUAAUUCUAUGCUGAUAUCCAAAGAAUAAUCAUGUAUAAUUCAUUUAUAAUUUCUUUUAUAUCAAUUGUACAAUAAUCUCCCUGUAAAGGAAAAAUAAAAAGUGAAUUGAAUUACCAAUA